AGAUCCAUAACUAACUAUCCAGAGUCGUAAGACUGGAGUGAGUUUCCUGCGUUUCUUGCGAUAGGCCUGCGCUCCCGCGCUCUGUGUGCUGCCGUACAACGUCUCCUUUUGGUCGCUUCUUUGUCUUCUUUCUUCGUCCCUUCUCUCCCCUCCUUGUCCCCUGGCUCCCUCCAGCACCGGCAUUGGCAAUUGACUUUCCUCCCUGCGUCUGCCCACCAUGGUCAACGUCACCGGGGGUUUCGUCUCCCCCUCCGCCGACGCCACUCUGGUUCCCCAAUUGUUCGAGCCCACCGGAUUCGUCACAUCCCUCCUCGAUGGACUUACCUUCUGGAAGCUGUUUGUGACUCUGUUCGUCGCAGCAGUCAUCUACGAUCAGCUGAAGUACUUCUAUCUCAAAGGCUCUAUCGUUGGCCCGGCAUGGAAAAUCCCUUUCAUGGGUCCGUUCCUUCAAUCCGUCAAUCCCAAGUUCCACGAGUACAAGGCAAAAUGGGACAGUGGAGAGCUGAGCUGUGUUUCCGUCUUCCAUAAGUUCGUAGUCAUCGCCUCUACUCGCGACAUGUCCCGGAAGAUCUUCAAUUCACCUACCUACGUUAAGCCCUGCGUCGUGGAUGCUGCUCAUAAGCUUCUCGGCAAAACCAACUGGGUGUUCUUGGAUGGUAAGGAGCACGUCGACUUCCGCAAGGGGCUAAAUGGCCUUUUCACACGGUCUGCUCUCUCGUGCUACCUUCCCCGCAUGGAAGAGGUCUACAAUUCCUAUUUUGAGAGCUUCAAAACCAAGUCUGCGGCCCACAAUUACGAGCCUGUUCCAUGGAUGCAUGAAUUCCGCGAGCUCAUGUGUGCAGUCUCCUGCCGUACCUUUGUCGGCCACUAUAUGGCUGAGGAGACUAUCAAGAAGAUCUCGGACGACUACUACAACAUCACUGCUGCUAUGGAAUUGGUUAACUUCCCAAUCAUUCUUCCAUUCACGAAGACCUGGUAUGGAAAGAAGGCAGCGGAUAUGGUAUUGGAGGAAUUUUCCAAGUGCGCCGCCAAGAGCAAGGCGCGCAUGGCUACUGGCGGAGAUAUUACUUGCAUCAUGGAUGCUUGGGUUAAGGCCCAGCUAGAUUCUGCCAAUUACCGCGAGAAGAUCGCCAAGGGUGUUCCGGUCGAUGCCUCCGAGAAGCCUGCUCAGGUCUUGCGCGAAUUCACCGACUACGAGAUCUCCCAGACCGUCUUCACGUUCCUGUUCGCGUCCCAAGACGCAACCAGCUCAGCCUGCACAUGGUUAUUCCAGCUCAUGGCCGACCGCCCAGAUAUUCUAGACAAGCUACGUGAGGAGAACCUCCGCCUUCGGAAUGGCGACCCGAGAGUGCCCCUGUCUAUGGACCUGCUCGAUAGCUUGACCUACACUCGCGCUGUUGUCAAGGAAACCCUCCGCUAUCGCCCUCCCGUCAUCAUGGUUCCCUACCUGGUCAAAAAGGACUUCCCUGUCACCGAUAAGAUCACCCUGACCAAGGGAUCCAUGGUUGUCCCGUCUGUUUGGCCUGCCACUCACGAUGAGGAGGCCUACCCCAAUGCUGACUCUUUCGACCCGGACCGCUGGGUUACCGGCACCGCCGAGCAGCAAUCCAAAAACUGGCUUGUCUUCGGCACUGGGCCCCAUUACUGCUUGGGCCAGCACUACGCCAUACUUAACUUGAUGGCCAUGAUCGGCAAGGCUAGUAUGGAAUUGACUUGGGAGCACAAGCCGACGCCUAAGUCGGAAGAAAUCAAGGUGUUCGCUACUAUCUUCCCUCAGGACGAUUGCUAUCUUUCAUUCCGCCCGCGCACGUAAGCUGCUGUGCGAUACGAGUCUGUCCAAAAUAUCGAUGGCUCUACAAUGUAUUUGUUUGAAUUGGUGCGUGAGAAAUGGAUAAAUAAUUUUUUCGGCCACCAUUCAUCAAAUCUACCCCGGAGGUUGCACAGAGCCUUCUUUCUUCGGUUCUUCUUUCUUUUUUUCUUCUACAGAGAUCCUUGUAUGGGCUUUAUGAUAGAUGCGACACUUGGACCCGUUUGCAUCAGUGAUUUAUAUCAACACCUUGUCGAUAUACUCAAUGAUUGAACAGUGCAUGAAUGCCAAGUUGCGCCUUUUUGAGCUGGUCAAGUCCGGUUCGGUGGAUACGUUUGGAGGCAUGUUUUAAGAUGCUACAUAUGCUUAUUAUAAUAAUAAUUGCGGUUUUGUUUGCCUC